UUAAUAGAUGUACCUGCUUGGCUCAGAAGCUUACGAUUGCAUAAAUACAAUCCUAUUUUUGAAAAGAUGAAAUGGCAAGACAUGCUCAGGUUGAGCGACGAAGAACUUCUUGCAAAGGGUGUUGCAGCUUUAGGCGCUAGACGCAAGCUACUUAAAGUAUUUGAUCAAGUCAAGGCACAUUGUGAAGCCAAUGUAAGUUUAAUAUAA